AGUACAGCUGUUAGGUUACACAACUCGCCAAAGACAGACGCCCUAUCGAGUUUUUAUGUUCAAACUUAUUAAAAUGAUUGUUUUGUGUACUUAGUGCUUAUGUAACAACAUUAAUCAUCUUGAAAGUUUAAUCAGAAGAGCGAUCAACGUAAGAGGGAAAGGACAACAAGAUGAUCAUCUUAAUAUGGACUGCAGUGUUUAUAGCUGUACUUGCAAUAUAUUUUCGCAAGAGUUAUUCAAGAUUCAGCGACCACGGCGUAAAACAUCCUAGAGCGUAUCCGUUGUUUGGAAAUAUGGCCAGGAUAGCUUUCCGCUUUGACAACUUUAGCAAUGACCUCGAUCAGUAUUACAACAAUUAUCCGGAAGAAAGGUUUGUAGGCAAAUAUGAAUUUUUGAGACCAGUUAUAUUUGUAAGAGACUUGGAUUUAGUGAAAAGAAUCGCCAUUAAGGAUUUUGAAUACUUCUUAGACCACAGAGGUUUAACCGCUGAAAAUGUAGAACCACUGUUCUCAAGAAAUAUUAUUUCCUUAAAAGGUCAGGAGUGGAAAGACAUGAGAUCAACUUUAAGUCCAGCCUUUACCAGCUCUAAAAUAAAACUGAUGGUUCCCUUUAUGGAGGAAGUUGGAGAACAGAUGAUUCGCUCACUAAAAAAUAAGCUUAUGGAUUCUCCAACCGGUUCUAUUGACGUCGAUUGCAAAGAUUUGACGUCACGCUAUGCUAACGACGUGAUAGCAUCUUGCGCCUUUGGUCUGAAGGUGGAUUCUCACACUGAUGAAAAUAAUAAGUUCUUCGAAAUGGGCAAAAAUGCUUUGACCUUCAAGUUGAAACAGAUGAUCAUUUUCUUUGCGGUUUCAGCUUGUCCUGCUCUCGCAAAUAAACUGAAGCUGACAUUCUUUUCAGAAGAAACCAAGGAGUUCUUCAUCAAUUUAGUGCAGAGCACAAUGAAAGACAGAGAAGCUCGGAAGAUCUUCAGGCCAGACAUGAUUCAUCUUCUCAUGGAGGCUAAGAAAGGUCAACUCACACACGAAGAGGACAAAAGUAGUAAAGACAAUGAAAACAGAGGGCGCGAUGCUGGCUUUGCAACUGUAGAAGAAUCGACUGAAGGCAAGAAGAAUAUAAACAGAGUUUGGUCUGACAUCGACUUAAUAGCACAAGCAAUGCUGUUCUUCAUUGCUGGCUUCGAGACGAUUUCCACAGGGAUGUCCUUCACAUUACACGAGCUGGCUCUACACCCAGAUAUCCAGGAUCGGCUCUACCAAGAGAUUAAGGAAAACGAUAACAAACACGGUGGAAGGCUGAACUACUCCUCUAUACAGAAUAUGACUUAUUUGGACAUGGUUGUAUCAGAAGUGCUCAGGAUGUGGCCUCCAGGGUUGGCGUUAGAUAGGCUCUGCGUUAAGGACUAUAAUUUGGGAAGACCUAAUGACAAAUCCACCACAGAUUACAUUAUUCGCAAAGGAGAGGUCGUCUCAAUUCCAGUAUGGUGCUUCCAUCACAAUUCUGAGUACUUCCCGGAUCCCGAAAAGUUUGACCCUGAACGAUUCUCAGAUGAGAAAAAGCACCUCAUCAAUCCCAUGGCAUAUAUGCCUUUUGGCGUGGGCCCUAGGAAUUGUAUUGGUUCACGAUUUGCCCUGUGUGAGCUGAAGGUCCUUCUGUACCAAAUCUUGUUGCACUUUGAAGUGUCACCAUCGGCAAAAACUCGGCUUCCGUCGAAACUUUCUGCGGAAUCGUUCAAUCUACGGCUGGAAGGUGGCCACUGGUUGACGUUUAAAGCGAGAGUUUACGACGGAAAACAAAGAAAGAUGAUCAUCUUAAUAUGGACUGCAGUGCUUAUAGCUGUACUUGCAAUAUAUUUUCGCAAAAGUUAUUCAAGAUUCAGCGACCACGGCGUAAAACAUCCUAGAGCGUAUCCGUUUUUUGGAAAUAUGGCCAAGAUAGCUUUCCGCAUUGACAACUUUGGCAAUGACCUUGAUCAGUAUUACAACAAUUAUCCGGAAGAAAGGUUUGUAGGCAAAUAUGAAUUUUUGAGACCAGUUAUAAUUGUAAGAGACUUGGAUUUAGUGAAAAGAAUCACCAUUAAGGAUUUUGAACACUUCUUAGACCACAGAGGUUUAACCGCUGAUAAUGUAGAACCACUUUUUUCAAGAAAUAUUAUUUCCUUAAAAGGUCAGGAGUGGAAAGACAUGAGAUCAACUUUAAGUCCAGCCUUUACCAGUUCUAAAAUAAAACUGAUGGUUCCUUUUAUGGAGGAAGUUGGAAAACCGAUGAUUCGUUCAAUAAAAAAGAAGCUUAUGGAGUCUCCAACCGGUUCUAUUGACGUCGAUUGCAAAGAUUUGACGUCACGCUAUGCUAAUGACGUGAUAGCUUCUUGCGCAUUUGGUCUGAAGGUGGAUUCUCACACUGAUAAAAAUAAUAAGUUCUUCGAAAUGGGCAAAAAUGCUUCGACCUUCAAAUUAAAACAGAUGCUCCUUUUCUUUGCGGUUUCAGCUUGUCCUGCUCUCGCAAAUAAGCUGAAGCUGACACUCUUUUCAGAAGAAACCAAGGAGUUCUUCGUCAAUUUAGUGCUGAGCACAAUGAAAGACAGAGAAGCUCGGAAGAUCAUCAGGCCAGACAUGAUUCAUCUUCUCAUGGAGGCUAAGAAAGGUCAACUUACACACGAAGAGGACAAAAGUAGUAACGACAAUGAAAACAGAGGGCGCGAUGCUGGCUUUGCAACUGUAGAAGAAUCGAACGAAGGCAAGAAGAAUAUAAACAGAGUUUGGUCUGACAUCGACUUAAUAGCACAAGCAAUGCUGUUCUUCAUUGCUGGCUUCGAGACGAUUUCCACAGGGAUGUCCUUUACAUUACACGAGCUGGCUCUACACCCAGAUAUCCAGGAUCGGCUCUACCAAGAGAUUAAGGAAAACGAUAACAAACACGGUGGAAGGCUGAACUACUCCUCUAUACAGAAUAUGACUUAUUUGGACAUGGUUGUAUCAGAAGUGCUCAGGAUGUGGCCUCCAGGGUUGGCGUUAGAUAGGCUCUGCGUCAAGGACUAUAAUAUGGGAAGACCUAAUGACAAAUCCACCACAGAUUACAUUAUUCGCAAAGGAGAGGUCGUCUCAAUUCCAGUAUGGUGCUUCUAUCACAAUUCUGAGUACUUCCCGGAUCCCGAAAAGUUUGACCCUGAACGAUUCUCAGAUGAGAAAAAGCACCUCAUCAAUCCCAUGGCAUAUAUGCCUUUUGGCGUAGGCCCUAGGAAUUGUAUUGGUUCACGAUUUGCCCUGUGUGAGCUGAAGGUCCUUCUGUACCAAAUCUUGUUGCACUUUGAAGUGUCACCAUCGGCAAAAACUCGGCUUCCGUCGAAACUUUCUGCGGAAUCGUUCAAUCUACGGCUGCAAGGUGGCCACUGGUUGAUGUUUAAAGCGAGAGUUUAGUAUUAUUAUUGAAAAAGCCAAUUUAAUACCUGAGAUGAACAAUAUUGAAAGAUUAAGAAAAACAAAGUGAGUCGAAUUUAUCUUACCAAA